AUGGAGGGAUUUAGGGGAGCCCCCAGGUUCCUGGCCUACCCACGUGCCUUCACAGUGCAAAGUGGCACUGACGCAGUCCUAAGCUGCCAGAUCACGGGUGACCCCCAGCCAAGCAUCAUCUGGGAGAAGGACAAGACCCCGAUCGAGCCCUCAGGCCGCUUCCACAUGGAGGCCAAGGGGGACCUGUACAGCCUGCUGGUGUCCCACACCACCCCCCAGGACAGUGGGCUCUACAUCUGCAAGGCCAAGAACAGUGUUGGUGAGACCUAUGCUGCCGCCACACUCAAGGUGGAGGCAGGGAAGCCCCAAGAGGAGGAGAGAUGCUCAGGCAGUGAAGCACCUUCCUUCCUCGUUGCCCCCUCAUCCACACGGGUGUGCCGGGGGGAGGAUGUGAUGUUUGCCUGCAGAGUGUCUGGGCAGCCCUGCCCGGUGCUGGAGUGGGAGAAGGAUGGGCACAAGCUCUCUGAUCUCUUUGAGAGCAGCCACUUUGCAGUGGGACAGGAGCCAGAGGACUGGCACUUCCUGAAGCUCUUUGGUGCUCGGCCCCCCGACGGGGGGGUGUAUGUGUGCCGGGCACGCAGUGGCUCCCGGGAGGCCCUGGCUGCUGCCGUGCUUCUGGUUGAAUCCCGGGCAUCAUUGGAUGGGCUCCCCAAUGGUUCUCCUGCUGAUGGCCCUGAGCCGCCCUCGGAGAGGCAGCAGCGGCGGCGGCACACAGCAGAACGGCGUGCAGGACCAGAGACCUGGGUGCCCAAUGGCGUGGUGCCGGCCGGGGUGCCAGGGGCCAAGGCAUUUGCCGUGAGCGUGGGGAAGCAUGCCAAGUUUCGCUGCUAUGUUACCGGCAAGCCCAAGCCAGAAAUUGUCUGGCAGAAGGACGGUGAGCCCCUCGCCCCUGGCCGCAGGCACCUUGUCUACGAGGACCGGGAGGGCUACUUCAUCCUCAAGGUACUGUACUGCAAACCCCAGGACCAGGGGCUGUAUGUCUGCACUGCAUCCAACACUGCCGGCCAGACCCUCAGCGCAGUGCAGCUCCACGUGAAAGAGCACCGGCUGCAGUUCCAGGUGCAGCUGGCAGAUGUGGAGGUGGCAGAGCAGGAGGAUGCCGUUCUGGAGUGCCAGGUGCCGCUGGAGACCAUCCCCACCGCCUGGUACCUGGAGGACAGGGAGCUGCAGCCCAGCCACAAGUACGUGAUGGAGGAGCGAGGCGUGGUGCGGCGCCUGACCAUCCGUGAUGCCCGCACUGAUGACGACGGCAUCUACCUCUGCCAGAUGAAGGACAAGGGGCGCAGCAUCGCUGAGUUGUCUGUCCGAGGGAUGAUCGUGAAGCGGCUGCCACGGAAGCUGGAUGUGAUGGAGGGGGAGAAUGCAGUUUUCUGUGUGGAGACACGGGAGGCAGUGGAGGGGACCUGCUGGAGCCGGGAUGGGCUGCAGCUGCGGGAGUCACCCCACACUGUGCUGAAGAGUUUUGGCAGGACACAUCUCCUGGUGCUGGUGCAUGUCACCCGCCAGGACGUGGGCAUCAUCUCCUUCACUGUUGGGGAGUCGCAGACGUCCUCCCAGCUCCGAGUCAAGUGUGUGAAGCGUGACCCUCCAAGCACACCGGUGGCAGCCGAGAUGAGUGUGGCUGAGAGCAACGCAGCCCUGCUGGCCUGGUGCCCUGCGCCCGACGCCCACCUCCGCCCCCCCAGCCGCUACCUGCUGGAGCGGCGGGAGGUGGCGGGGGGUGAGUGGGUGCAGUGCCUCGCCACCGACCUGCCUGGCCGCAUGCGGGUGCUGGGUGACAGCGUGCCCCGCGAGGCUGACUACUGCUUCCGUGUCUGCGCCACCAACGAACACGGCAGGAGCAGCCCCGUGGAGUUCCCUGGCUCCGUGCAUCUCGCCCCGGCAGCUCACCUGGAGAGGGGUCUGCAGGAUGUGCGGGUGCAGGACGGUGAGGAUGCUCGGUUUUCCCUGGAGCUGUCGGCCAUGGUGAAUGGCACUUGGUUCCUCGAUGGUACCAGGCUGGGCGAGGAGGAGGAGGCAUGUGGCCGGUGCAGCGUGCGGCACCAUGGGAUGGAGCACUCACUGCUGAUCCGGGGAGCACGGGUGGCUGACAGUGGCGCCCAGGUUACCUUUGUGUCUGGUGAGGUGCGAGACUCAGCCACGCUGCACGUACAAGCCCCACAGGUCCAUAUUGCUCCAGUGCCCGAGGCUGAGCGGCUCCGGGAGUUGCCGGCAGGGUUGCCCAUGCUGCUGGAGUGCCAGGUGUCCCCCCCAGGUGCCCCUGUCCGCUGGCUGAAAGAUGGCGAGGCCGUGCCCCUGGAUGACGUUAUUGCAGUGCAGGCAGAGGGCUGUGUGCGGAGGCUGCUCCUCCGCUCAGCGGGUCCCCUGGACACUGGCGUGUACACCUGUGAUGCUGGGGAUGAUGCCGUGAGCUUUGUGGUGACAGUGACCGAGGCACCGGUGAGGAUCGUCAGCUCCAAUGAGGAGGCCCCCCACACCUACAUGGUUGGGCAGCGUGUGGAGCUGUGGUGCCAGCUGUCUCGCCCAGCAGUCCCGGUGCACUGGUACAAGGAUGGGGAGGAGGUGGAGGUUGGAGAGAGCCUGGUGCUGGAGCAGGAAGGGCCACGGCACCGGCUGGUGCUGCCCUGCGCCCGGCCACAGGACACAGGAGAAUUCGUCUGCGAUGCUGGUGGGGACUCUGUGUUCUACACCAUCACUGUGGCAGAGGCACCGGUGAGGAUCGUCAGCUCCAAUGAGGAGGCCCCCCACGCCUACAUGGUCGGGCAGCGCGUGGAGCUGUGGUGCCAGCUGUCUCGCCCGGCAGCCCCGGUGCACUGGUACAAGGAUGGGGAGGAGGUGGAGGUUGGAGAGAGCCUGGUGCUGGAGCAGGAAGGGCCACGGCACCGGCUGGUGCUGCCCUGUGCCCAGCUGCAGGAUGAGGGGGAGUUCGUCUGCGAUGUCGGCGGGGACUCUGCUUUCUACACCAUCACUGUGGCAGAGGCGCCGGUGAGAAUCGUCAGCUCCAAUGAGGAGGCCCCUCACACCUAUGUGGCCGGGCAGCGCGUGGAGCUGUGGUGCCAGCUAUCCCGCCCGGCGGCCCCGGUGCACUGGUACAAGGACGGGGAGGAGGUGGAGGCAGGAGAGAGCCUGGUGCUGGAGCAGGAAGGGCCAUGGCACCAGCUGGUGCUACCCUGUGCCCAGCCGCAGGACGCAGGGGAGUUCGUCUGCAAUGCCGGGGAUGUGUCUGUCUCCUACCACAUCUCGGUGGCAGAACCGCCAGUGAGGAUCCUGCACCCUGCACAGCGCUCGCUGGAGCUGCCAGUGCAGGUGCCAGGGCGCGUGGAACUGCGGUGCAAGCUGUCUGUGCCGGAUGCACCCGUGCGCUGGUUCAAGGAUGGGCUGGAAGUGGAUGAGACUGACAACCUGCUGCUGCUGGCAGAGGGGCCCUGGCGCUGCCUCCUCAUCCCCAGGAGCAGCGCAGAAGAUGAGGGCGAGUACAUCUGUGAGAGCAAGGAUGAGGCUGUCUCCUUCGAUGUCAAGGUGUCAGAGCCACCGGUGAGGAUCCUGCAGCCCCGCAGACCUCUCCCUGUAGUGACAGUGUCCCCGGGGGAGACAGUGAUGCUGGACUGUGAGCUGUCCCGUGCAGAUGCUCCAGUGUUCUGGGCCAAAGAGGGCACCAAGCUGGAGGCUGGGGGCAGCCUGGUCCUGGAAGAGGAGGGUGCCCACCGCCGCCUGGUCAUCCCCACGGCCCAAGCUGAGCACUCGGGAAAAUACAUCUGCACUGCUGCCGAUGACACAGUGACCUUCACUGUCCAAGUGUCAGAUCCACUGGUCAGGAUCCUGGAGAGGGACGUCCUGCCGACCCGCCGGCUUUGCCGGGCUAUGGAGGACCUGGUGCUGGAGGUGCACCUCUCACACGCCCACAGGGAGGUGAAGUGGUACAAGGACGGAGAAAAGCUGCAGGACACGGGGCAUGUGCGGCUGGAGGAGGACGGGGCACACCGCUCCCUUGUCGUCCUGGGUGCCACGGGCAGGGACGCAGGGGAGUACCUGUGUGACACUGGUGAUGACAGCAUCGUCUUCUUUGUCACUGUGGAAGUCCCAGAGCCACCGGUGACCAUUGUGGGCAGCACAGGCACUGUGGAGCACCACUGCCUGGUGGCUGGAGAGGACCUGGUGCUGGCUUGUGAGCUCUCCCGGCCUGAUGCCACCGUGCGCUGGCUCCGGGAUGGCCAGGAGGUGCAGCCGGGUGAGCGGGUGCAGGUCAAGGCCUGCGGGGUGCUGCGGCAGCUCACCGUCUGUGGGGUGCAGCCCAGUGACGCAGGGUGCUACGUCUGCGAUGCUGCCAGUGACUGCAUGGUGACAAGCGUGGAAGUGUUGGCCCAGCCUGUGCGCAUUGUCAACAAGGAGGAAGCACAAAGCCCGCUGGAGGUGCUGGAGGGGGACAGUGUGACACUGGUGGCCCGGCUGUCCCCAGAGACAGCAGCAGUGCAGUGGCAGAAGGAUGGACAGAUGCUGUGCUCGGGUGGCCGGCUGCUAGUGUGCAGCGAGGGCCCCACACGAAGCCUCACCAUCAAGCAAGCAGAGCUGGGCGACGGUGGCAUCUUCCUUUGUGAUGCUGGUGAUGACGAGGUGCAUUUCAUGCUGCACGUGAAAGAGGCACCUGUACUGUUCGUGAACAAACGGGAGGAGCAGGAGAAGCUGCUGGUGCUGGAGGGUGGCAGUGCUGUGCUCUCCGCUGUUGCCUCCACGGACCGAGCCAACAUCACCUGGCUGGGCCCGCAGCGGGCAGCGGUGGCCGGGGAGCGCUGUGAGCUGCGGCAGGACGGCCGCGUGCACAGCCUCAUUCUUCACAACGUGGCCAAGGAGGACGCCGGCACCUACACCUGCCUCUCCCCCGAAGACCAGAUGCAGUUUGACUUGAGCGUCCGAGAGCUGCGGGUGAAGUUCCUGCGCGGGCUGUCAGACGUGCGAGUGCAGCAGGGCGAGCGGGCGGUGCUGUGGUGUGAGCUCUGCAAGGCGCGGGGCGACGUGGUGUGGCGGAAGGAUGGACGGGCGCUGGCACCCGGCCCUCGCCGGCAGAUGAUGGCAGAGGGGCGAGAGCGUUCACUGGUGCUGAGCCGCGUACAGCCUGAGGAUGCCGGCGAGUACUGCUGCGAGUCCAAUGAUGACCAGACACUGGCAACACUGACAGUGCAGGUCCCCAGGGUGGUGGAGAUCAUCACAGAGCUGCAGAGCCUGACAGUGCUGGAAGGGGAGGAUGCCACCUUCAAGUGCCUGGUGUCCCCUGAGGAUGUGGCCAUGAUCUGGCAGCUGAAUGGCCAGCCCAUGGUCCCCAGCAAGCGGCUGCUGGUGACAAGGAGUGGGCUGUGCCACAGCCUUACCCUCCGGCAGUGCCAGCCAGGUGAUGCAGGCACUGUGACAGCCAAUGCCGAGGGGCUGGUGAGCACAGCCCGGCUGAGUGUGCAAGAGGCGCAGGUGCUGUUCGUGCGGAAGCUGCGGGACAAGGUGGCAGAGGAGCAGGGGGAUGUGUGCCUGGAGGUGGAGGUGAGCCACGAGGCCGCCGAGGUGCAGUGGCUGAAGCAGGGCAUCCUCCUCCAGCCGGGCAGCAAGUACCAGCUGCAGGAGUUGGGGUGUCGGCGCACCCUCACCAUCCGCUGCCUCGGCCCUGCUGACCAUGGCACCUACCGCUGCGAGACCCUGCACGACCGCACGCAGGCCAAACUCUGCGUGGAGCCCCGGAAGGUGUCAAUCCAGAUGCCACUGGCAGAUGUGGAGACCUUCGAGAAGGAGACAGCCACCUUCCACCUGGAGCUGUCUCACCCUGGUGUGCCCGGGGUCUGGACGCGGGACGGCAUCCGAGUGAAGCCCAGCAGCACGUGCCGGAUCAGCACUAUGGGCUGUGGGCACAGCCUGACACUGGAGGGGCUGUCACUGGAGGACUCGGGCACCGUCACCUUCACUGCUGACACCCUGCGCUGCAGCGCCCGCCUGCUUGUGCGGGAGCCUCCAGUCACUAUGGUGAGGGUCCCACGAGACCUGGGGGUCCCAGAGACAGGGGUUGCCAGCUUCGAGUGUGAGCUGUCUCGCUCCAGCGCGCAGGUGAAGUGGUUCAAGGAUGGGCAGGAGCUGCGGCCGGGACCCAACUGCCGCAUCUACUCAGCGGGUCGGCGCCGCGUCCUGCAGCUGAGCCGCUGUGAGACGGCUGACGCUGGCAUCUACACCUGUGAUGCGGGCGACUGCCGGGCCUCCGCCAUGCUCCAUGUCAAGGAGCGUCAGGUCCGCAUCGUGCAGGACCUGCAGGACACCCAGGUACAGGAGGGUGACAACGCCAUCUUCACCUGUGAGGCAUCACAUGGGGAUGUGAAGGGCGAGUGGUUCCGGGACGGGGAGAAAAUUAAGGUCUCCAGCACGGUGAAGAUACGGCAAGAAGGGACCCGGCAUUUCCUGCUGCUCUGUGGCGUGCACCCCAAGGACGCGGGACUCAUUUGCUUCGCAGCUGGGGCGGCUGUCUCAGAGGCCAGCCUGCGGGUGGAAGCACUGCCCAUCCGCAUUGUGAAGCCGCUGCGGGAUAAGACGGUGCUGGCACGGCACAAGGCGACGCUGGAGUGCACCGUGUCCCAUGCCCGGGGCCGGGUGCGCUGGCUCCGCGGGGACACCGAGAUAUUUGCCAGUGACAAGUACGAGAUCUGCAAUCUGGACUGCUACCGCACACUCAUCAUCCACCGCGUGGGCCCCGAGGACGAGGACUCCUACACCUGCGACGCCUUCGAUGACCGCUCCACCGCCCGGCUCCUCGUGGAGGGGAGCUAGGAGCCAGGAUGCACACAGACAGACGGCUGCUGCUGCUGGAAUACGGGGACAUGCUUCCCCUGGGAUGUACGGACA